AUGGCCGAGAUCUCACCACUCAUAGCGGCCUUCCAACCGAGCCAUGAUCAAUUUCCCAACGUGCUUCGUGGAAAAAAGGUCCUUCUUGCGACGGAGUCAUGGGGCCCGGUCAAUGGAGUGAGCCGCACAACUCGCAGCUUGGUGGAAUACCUUCGCAAUCAUGGCGUCGAUCUCAUCGUGGUGGCACCUCACUUCAAGGGAGACUCGGAAAAGCCAAACCUCCCGUGGGAGUAUCGUCUCCCAGGAUGCGCACUACCAUACAAUCCAGACUUGACCGUGGUAUAUCCGUUUCAGAUUCAUGAGGUGUAUCAGCAGACAUUUGAACCCGAUCUCAUCUACCUCGCGAGUCCCGCAUCACUCGGCUUCCAGAUGCUACUACAGAUCCGCCAACUGCGAUCACCUCCGCCAGUGCUACUCAAUUUUCAAACGGAUCUGUCGGCCUAUUCAGAGGUUAUGCUACCAACUCCACUCGAUCAAUUCGGAGUCUGGCUACUGGCCACUGUCCAAGGGUUUCUGUUUCGAACAAGAGCGAUUCAUACGAUUUUUUAUCCCUGCUCAGCGAUUCGAAGCUAUCUCGAACGCGCGGGUGCGCCGGCUGAUCGCCUGGUGCAGUUAGGUCGUGGCGUUGACACGACGUGCUUCAAUCCAAAGCAUCGUGACGACAAGCUCCGCCGAGAAAUCGCACCAAAUGGGGAGAUUAUUCUCAUCACUGUAUGCCGAAUUGCUCCAGAGAAGGGGUUUGAGUUUCUCGCACAGGUGGCCACACGCUUGGCCGCUGAAAAGGUGCCUUUCAAACUAGUCAUUGUUGGAGGUAAUCGAAACCCAGCAGUCGAGCAGCAGGUUCAGCGCUUGUUCAACGGAGUUCGAGAGUACGUGAUUUUCACUGGAUUUCUCACUGGAGCUCCUCUGGCUCGUGCCUACGCAUCAGCGGACGUGUUUUUGCACUGCUCCAUCACCGAGACCUUUGGCCUAGUCGUGCUAGAAGGCAUGGCGAGUGGCCUUCCGGUAAUCGCACGCGAUCAGGGGGGACCAUCUGACAUCAUCCGUCACGACCAGACGGGGUAUUUGGUCAAUCCUCGAGAUCUCAAUGCCUUCACAGACUUGACGCGCGAAGUGGCGCAAGAUUCACAACUACGUACAAGACUCGCUUUAUCUGCUCGUCAGUACGCCGAUGAUACCACAUGGGAGAAGAUCAAUCGCCGAGCGGCCUGGCAGAUUGCGGAUGCCCUCACACGGAACGAUCAAGAGUCACAUGGUACACAUCCGGUAUCACGGCCUGGAGUUCUCGCUUCCAUUCUGGAACACAUCUGCCUCGGAUUGGCGGUGGGCACGGUGUACUUUAUGUGGUUGAUCGCGGUAGUCCCGCUUAUUGUCCACGGUCAUCGCUUUAUUCCUCGAGCAUGGCAAGUGCUACGCAAUCAGUUUCAAUCCACUCGGCCGCUGCGAGGUUGA